AUGUCUGCUGCUGAUGGUGGCGCAGCUGCACUACUAGUGGCAGGAUUAAAUACAAAUGGACCUGAAGUAAUGUACGAAGAUGAUCUGAGCGACAACACUAUACCAGAUAUUCAAAAAAUUACUAAGAAGAAUAAUAUUUUGCCACUAUGGGGUAAUAAUCAGACAAUGAAUUUAAAUGCCCUUGUACUGGAGAAUAUUGUCCAGUGUACUUAUUAUAAGAAUUAUCUGGCCGAAACAACCGGUUUUCAGCAACUUAUUGAAGAAAUCUAUUACAGAGUAAGUUUGAGAAAUUGUGAUUUAAGUAAUUGA